AUGAUGGAGCUCGAAAAUAUACCACUUGAAAUUGAUUCGAAUAAUGAAAACACAAUUCUAUCAUCAUCAUUACUGGACGAAAUAACUUGUGCGAUCUGUUUGGAUAUAUUCGAAGAACCAAAACGAACUUCAUGCUUACAUGUAGCAUGUCGUCGAUGUUUAGAAGAAUAUCAUCAUUCGUGUAAAAAUGAAAUGGAUAUUGCCACUUGCCCGCAAUGUCGGGCGCCAUCAAUUCUCCUGCCUAAUGGUGAUGCUAGUUGUCUUCCGCCAGCCAUUGAUAAAGAACAACUUAUAAAAAUCUAUAGACAGAAACAAGAUAUCAACAGUAAACACAUUGGUCAAUGUUCUCUAUGUCAAACUGAUUCUAUUAAUCUCUAUGGUCGAUGCUUUCAAUGUCAAGAAAAUUAUUGUCAAACUUGUUAUGGAUAUCAUGGACAUUUUCAUCCAGCAUCUUCACAUCUAUCUCGUACAUUUAAUGAAAUCCGUCUGUUACCGAACGCUCCAAUUGAACUCGAUGAAGCAAUUUCUUUCACAUGUUCGCAACAACACCAUAAACGUCCACUUGAAUUUUAUUGUGUUAAAUGUUGUGAAUGUCUCUGUUCGGAAUGUCUUAUUGAUGAAACUAAGUCUCAUCACCGACAGCAAUCUCAUACCAUAAAACUUCUAUCGCAAGUUGCACAAGACAAUCGUUAUCAAUUAGAACGUCUCUAUGUAAAUAAAUUAAAAUCAAUUCACAAAGAAUUAAAUGAAACAAUCGAUUUCAUUAGUAAAAUUCUCGAUCGUGAUCAACGAUUAUUUAUGAUAUUUGAUCAAUUACAAAAGCAAGAAGAUAAAGUGAACGAACUUGAUAAAUUAAUUCAAACAUUAGUGAAUCAUGCACAUGAUGUCCAUGUUGUUUCGUAUGAAAAACAAGCGAAAGAUCAAUUAACAGAUAUUCUACAUGAAAGACCGCCAAGACCAAGACAAGGAUUUUUACUUAAUGGAUUAAGAUUUGAACCAAUAUCAAACUCCAAACGUCUCAUGAAAAUAAUUUUACCAUUGGAAAUAUUGCCAACUGUUAAUGAUCCCAUACCUCAACAUGUUGAACACGCGUAUCUUGAUUUUAUUCCGAUAAGAAAUAAAAUUUAUUCGAAGCCUGUCAUUGGCUAUCAAGUAUCAUAUGAACAAUCGGAUUCUGCAUUGUUACGUCUAUUCGGUUCAUUUAUUCCACAACAAAUCAAACAGUUUACAUGUUCACUUUAUUCCUAUUCAUAUGUAAAUAGACAAUUUGUAAAAGAAGAUACUAGUGAAUAUUUAUUUAAUUUUCCAAAACAAUUUGAAAACGAAAUUAAACAAAAAUCUAAACAAGACACAAUAACUUAUUCCGAUAACGAUGCACAAAUAGUCAUCAUUUAUGAUUUUAAAGUUGAUUGUUUAACAAUAAAGCAAAUCAAUCUACUGUUUGGUUUAUCGAUAAAUGAAAAGAAAAAAGAAAAUUUUCUUGGCUAUGAUUUACAACUAACAUCGAUACACAUUCGUUUAUUAGCAAAUAAACAAAAACUACUUAUCUGUGGUUUAAAAUCGAAUAAUAAUAAAUUAAUCUGUUUUGUAUACGAUGUAAAUACACUUGAAAAUCUCGAUACAUAUUCAUGUUAUAUUGGAAAUAAUCUAAAGCAAAUUCUCGAUGUUACUAUUUGUAAUGAUGAAAAUAUUUUUAUAUGUUUUCAAACAAUCGAUAGACGAUUAUAUAUGUGGUGCGGAAAAGAUUAUAUUGAAGAGAUAGCUUUUAGUGGAAUUGAACUUGGAGAAAAUAAAUGCGUGAUUGAUCGAUUAGCUUUAAGUCAACAAAUGGAUAUUUUAAUUGCAUACAGAAAUAUGGAACAAGAUGAUGCCCGCACUUGUUUUGCUAUAAGCAAAUAUCUGAUGCCAUACUGUGACACUUAA